GGCGUAUCGGAGUAAGAUGGACGGUAGCUUUGAUUGUGAUUGUGGUGAGCUGGAGCCACCUGAUCACUAACAGAAGACAUCUGUUAACCAACAGCAGCCAGCUCUUCCUGUGGAAACACACAGCAACAAAGGAAGAAAAGAAGCAAAAACAGAACUCGUGCUCACCAGCACCUUAGAAAGAUGCUGCUCAGGACCAGUCCAACACUGAAUGUAUCUGCACUGUGAGGAGAAUGUUCGUAGAAGCCUGUCGUGUGCAUAUUUAUUCACAUUUUAGUUAAAGCGUGUAGCACCGUACAUCUGAGUGCAUAGUAUGUCAUUUCAUUCCGAUUGAGUUUCUUGAGUGUUUUCUUUUAAAAUGUCUGCAGAGUUGCUGCCCCUUUCUUGAACUAUGAGUACUGCAAUCUUUUUCAUUCUCAGUAUGAGUAGAGCCUUUUGAGCUUUAAUUCUAAGGGGAACUCAACGGGCCUGGUUGGCAUAUGCAAUGAACAUCAAGAAACCAUCUUGCUGUGGAAGCAAAAUCAUUUUUCUUCUCCCCUUUUGUUGAGAGAUCUUUCCUUUUGAUGCCAGUUCCCUUCCUUGUUUACACACGUUCAACAGCUGGAAAGGAAAAGGCAAGAAUAGGGGUUUGAAAAUGGCAGAGAAAUUUGAAAGUCUCAUGAACAUUCAUGGUUUUGAUCUGGGCUCUAGGUACAUGGACUUAAAACCAUUGGGUUGUGGAGGCAAUGGCUUGGUUUUUUGUGCUGUAGACAAUGACUGUGACAAAAGAGUAGCCAUCAAGAAAAUUGUCCUUACUGAUCCCCAGAGUGUCAAACAUGCUCUGCGUGAAAUCAAAAUUAUUAGAAGAUUAGACCAUGAUAACAUUGUGAAAGUGUUUGAAAUUCUUGGUCCCAGUGGAAGCCAGUUAACCGAUGAUGUGGGCUCCCUUACGGAACUGAGCAGUGUGUACAUUGUUCAGGAGUACAUGGAGACAGACUUGGCGAACGUGCUGGAGCAGGGCCCCUUACUGGAGGAGCAUGCCAGGCUUUUCAUGUAUCAGCUGCUACGGGGGCUCAAGUAUAUUCACUCUGCAAAUGUACUGCACAGAGAUCUCAAACCAGCUAAUCUUUUCAUUAAUACUGAAGACUUGGUGCUGAAGAUAGGGGACUUUGGCCUUGCACGGAUCAUGGAUCCCCAUUAUUCCCACAAGGGUCAUCUUUCUGAAGGAUUGGUUACUAAAUGGUACAGAUCUCCACGUCUCUUACUGUCGCCCAAUAAUUACACUAAAGCCAUUGACAUGUGGGCUGCAGGCUGCAUCUUUGCUGAAAUGCUGACUGGGAAAACCCUCUUUGCAGGUGCACAUGAACUUGAACAGAUGCAACUGAUUCUAGAAUCUAUUCCUGUUGUCCAUGAGGAAGACCGCCAGGAGCUUCUCAGCGUCAUUCCAGUUUACAUUAGAAACGACAUGACUGAGCCACACAAACCUUUAACUCAGCUGCUUCCAGGAAUUAGUCGAGAAGCACUGGGCUUCCUGGAACAAAUUUUGACCUUCAGUCCCAUGGACCGGUUGACAGCAGAGGAAGCACUCUCCCACCCUUACAUGAGCAUCUACGCGUUCCCAACGGACGAGCCGAUCUCAAGCCACCCCUUCCACAUUGAAGAUGAAGUCGAUGAUAUUCUGCUAAUGGAUGAAACGCAUAGUCACAUUUAUAACUGGGAGAGGUGCCAUGAUUGCCAGUUUUCCGAGCAUGACUGGCCCGUCCACAACAACUUUGACAUUGAUGAAGUCCAGCUCGAUCCCAGAGCUCUGUCUGAUGUCACCGACGAGGAAGAAGUGCAGGUCGAUCCGCGGAAAUACCUGGAUGGAGAUCGUGAAAAGUAUCUGGAGGAUCCAGCUUUUGAUGCCAGUUACUCGGCCGAGUGUUGCUGGCAGGACCCAGACUACCAUGAAAACAAAUACUGCGACCUGGAGUGCGGCCACACGUGUGACUACAAGACGAGGGCCGCCUCCUACCUGGACAGCUUAGUGUGGCGAGAGAGUGAAGUCAACCACUACUAUGAGCCCAAGCUCAUCAUCGAUCUUUCCAACUGGAAAGAGCAAAGCAAAGACAAGUCAGAUAAGAGAGGCAAGUCGAAGUGUGAGAGGAACGGACUGGUCAAAGCCCAGAUCGCCCUCGAGGAAGCGUCCCAGCAGCUGGCGGAGAAAGAGAGGGAGAAGAGCCAGGGGUUUGAUUUCGAUUCCUUUAUCGCAGGCACUAUUCAGCUUAGUUCACAGCAUGAGCCUACCGCUGUCGUUGAUAAAUUAAAUGACUUGAAUAGCUCAGUGUCCCAACUAGAAUUGAAAAGCUUGAUAUCUAAGUCAGUAAGCCGAGAAAAACAGGAAAAAGGGAUGGCAAACUUGGCGCAGUUAGAAGCAUUGUACCAGUCUUCUUGGGAUAGCCAGUUUGUCAGUGGAGGGGAGGACUGUUUUCUCAUUAACCAGUUUUGUUGUGAGGUACGGAAGGAUGAGCAGGUAGAGAAGGAGAACACGUACACCAGUUACUUGGACAAGUUCUUUAGCAGGAAAGAAGAUGCUGAAAUGCUAGACAUAGAGCCGGGGGAGGAGGGGAAGCUCGGCGGGAGAGGGCACGAGGAGGGGUUUCUGAACCACAGCGGGGAGCUUCUCUUUAACAAGCAGCUCGAAUCCAUAGGCAUCCCGCAGUUCCACAGUCCAGUGGGGUCCCCACUGAAGUCCAUCCAAGCCACACUAACACCGUCUGCAAUGAAGUCGUCCCCGCAGAUUCCUCAUAAGACGUACAGCAGCAUUCUGAAACAUCUGAACUAAAAUGCGCAGCAGACAUUUCUCUCUGUAUUCUUCAUGAAAUGCGUUUCGUCUUUUUUUAUUACUAGUGUUUUAAGUCUUUUUUCUGACUUGAAUCAGACGGUGUUAUUUUAGUCAGGAUUCCUUAGUUGUUGGUUUUUACAAUUCAGACUUCGUUUCUACACGUGAGGUAGUUUUCAUUGUAACUGGCACGUCGUUUGCACACACACGAGAACAGGGCAAAGGACGCAGUGCAGGGGAGACAGUGCACUGAAACGAGCGCAGGCUCCUCUCCUGGAGCAGUGCUGCCUGUCUGACAGGAAACAAAAUCUUGCCUUGAAACUUACACAGUGAGACUGUACAUAGCUGCAUGGAAAUAUCUAUUUUUUUUCCUAAGACAUUUUUCAUUCAUGAGUAUUUUCAAGUUUUUCAUACUGUACACAUUUCUUAAAACACAUGAUACCAGCAGCAACUGAAAACGAAUGGCGAAUUUGGUACCCAUGUGUUAUCUACCUCAAGGUAACAAGAGUUUGUGGCGAGACAUAUACCACCCACAGUGCUUCACAAUAUGCACUUCUACGUAGCCAGCGUUUAUUGUAGUCAGCUCCUCUUAUAAAUGUUCUGGUAUGCAUUCUUUAUAGUGAAGUGUUAAUUCAUCACAUCUUAUUUAUUUUAGCAAGCCAGUCUUAUGUCCUGUAUUUAAUUAUAGAAAGUUACCUUAGUUGAUGAAGUGUAUUUGCAAACACACACUCCCUCCACCCAAUUCGGCACUCUGCUUUGUUGCCCACCGAGCUGCAUCUCUCAGGGCAGCUUGUCCGAAGGUUGUCCACGCACUCACUUUUGCUCAAGUGUUCAUUUUAAGUCAAGUGCUCACUGUGUAUAGGAAUUUGUAUUUUGGAGGUGCUUGAUCUAUCUACAAAGAAAAAUUAGGAAUUACUUUAUUACAAAUGCUCCUAGAAGUCUUAAUUGUGUUUAUUUUUAAACCAAACCAAACCAAACCUGUAAUGUUAGACUUGUGUGCAUGGAAGUAACUAAGGUACAUCAUUAUUGUAGUUUGAAAGUUGUACAUAAGACAUAUUUUGUUUUUACUGAAUGAUCUAUUUCCCCAUCCCAAGGCAAGCAUGAAUAAAAUUAGGUUAAAUGUAGCAUGUGACAUCUUGGUCUCUUAGAAAUUUGUUUCAUCUAUUUUAUUUUAUGGAAUACUGUCUGUAUCUUUGGUUAUCCUGUUUGAAGAAAAAGGACAAAUAAAACAUGGCCAGCAAA